AUGACGACGUGCAGUCAAGCCAUCAAGGCGUGGGAGGCCAAGGAGAAUGCAUCGUCCGAGGAGGCGCCGGUCGUCAAGCUCUACUGCCAGAUCCCGCCCAUCGCCAAGCUCGACAACUCGCUCAACACGCUGAAAAAUUGCGAGCAUCUCUCGCUCUCGACCAACUCGAUCGAUCGGCUGAUUCCGCUCUCGGGCAUGAAGAAGCUGCGCAUUCUCUCGCUCGGGCGCAACCAAAUCAAGAAGAUCGAAAAGCUCGAUGACGUGUCAGAUACGCUCGAAGAGCUCUGGAUCUCGUACAACGUCAUUACGACGCUGGACGGUCUCUCGGGCUUGACGAACCUCACGACGCUCUACAUCUCCAACAACCUCCUCAAGAGCUGGGACGAACUCGACAAACUCUCCAAUUUACCAAAGCUGCGCGACGUGCUCUUCUCGGGCAACCCGAUUUACGAAGGCUUGUCCAAGGAGGAGGCGCGUCUCAACGUGCUCAAGCGCCUCCGGAACGUCAUGAAGAUUGACGGCGACAUGGUCAAGCAAACCGAACGCGACGCUGUGAGCAGCCAAUAA